AUGGGACAGGACAAUAAUAGCGCGGCUCAUGACUCCGGCAAGUCGACGUCGCCGUCGCCGUCUGCCCCGCAACAUAGGCGCGGCUACCAGGCUUGCGAUCCGUGUCGCAAACGCAAGGUCAAAUGUGAUCUAGGCAGUAUGGGAUCAGCACACCCCCCCGCGGUAGCUUACCUUGCAUGGCUGACAGACCACAACAUUUUCGCAGGUGUUGACAAUCCUCGCCCCCCACCUUGUGUGCGAUGUCGUCGCGAAAGCAAACGCUGUGAAUUCUCAGCUACUCGUCGCAAGCGCAAAGCCUCCGACGCUACUGAGGAUGUCGAGGCCGCCGAAGUACUCCGCCGCGAUAAGCGCAUGAUGACUGGAGAGGUACCUGCAAAUGAAGCACCAACACAAGUGGAGGGCUCUCAGUACCCUCCACCAGAGCCGAUUCUCGAUACCGAUGCCUUUCGCGCCCAGCAGAGAUGGGCCGAGACGUCCCCCGCAGCUGCCCCCCCGCGAUCUACACCCAAUGCGCCCAUCUCUUCUACAACCAGACAAUUCAUUGAAUCAAGGAAUCCUCGCUUACCUACCUACCAGUCCGGUGAACGAAGCUCUGUGCCUGGAUAUGGAGGACAGCCGAUGAUGAAUCGGACUGCUGUGGAACUGCUGUCCCCGGCGAUCACUAACACACAUGAUGCUCUACAUCUACUUUCUGAAGCUGCGGGACGAACAGAAGACCUAAAUCGCCAGACUAUCGAGAACAGAUACGGCGCCAGACGCUCCGUCUCCUCAUACAACUCUGGCCCUUCUCCCCUGGCGCACGGAAACUCACCUGGCAACCUAAGCGGGUCCUUCUCACGGACCCCUCGAUCUGGUAUGGCGGCAGGUGGAAAUGGCUUCUUGCAAAGCGGUGGUGGUCCAGGAAUUGUGGAGUCUCAGAUUCCCGAGGACAGUGGUCAGCGAGACAACUCUCCAAACCCCCAGGACCCUGGGUUUAUCGAUGCGGUGCGAGCGUGGUCACGACUACGAUUCGUUCGUGCCGGGUGGAUGACGGUGGAAGAGGGCAUGGAAUACGUGGCAUACUACUACGAAAACCUCGCGCCAAUGAGCCCUGUGGUUACUCCCGACUACUCCCACCCUUCUACGCAUCGCACGCUGCUCACCGAUGAACCGGUGCUGGCGGUGACUAUCCUUACGAUUGCUUCCCGACAUCUGAAACCCAGGGGUGAUGGGGCAAGUACUCGUGCAUUUUAUAUCCAUGAUCGCCUCUGGUCGUACUUGCGCGGCAUGAUCGAGCGCCUGUUCUGGGGCCAAGAGAAAUUCGACGCAGGAGGCGGUCGGCCUCGAUCUCUAGAUCUCGGCCCGGGUGCUAGCGGGGACGAUGAGAACGCACUUCUGGACAGAGAGGCCCAGUCUCAAAAUCGUGCCGACAAGGACCUGGAUAAUGAGAGCGAGCAGACGGGCAACAAGUCCUCUGCAGAGGGUCGAGUUGCCUUUCAGAAAUGGCUGGAGCCCGCCUGGAGAUCGGACCGAAUGUCCUGGAUGUUAUUGAGCACCGCACAGGCUUUGGCCUUUGAACUGGGUGUUUUUGACUAUAGGAGCGUACCGAAAGGAGCUCCGGAAUUGCAUUCCGAGCAGACACGCAAGCGUCGACUGCAGCGCCUGAUCCUAGUUUUUAUCACGCACAGCAGCGGACGACUGGGGAUUCCAUCUAUGCUUCCCCUGACAGAAUGGGGCCGUGAUAUCCCCGCAACUACCCCUGACUCAAAGGAUGGAGAUCUGGACCUGGAUCGAAUGCAGGACUGCUGGAUGGAUAUUUCGAAGAUAGUUUACCAGGCGAAUCAUCAGCUGUUUGCGUCCAGCGAGCAGACUUCAGAGUUGAUUCGGAGUGGGAGAUACCGGGAGCAAAUCGACUGGUUUCAACCUCAGUUGCGCGAAUUCCGACAGAAUCUGGAUCGUGUCAAUCUUACCCCGGCUAUGCGAAGCAUCCUGAUCAUUGAAUACGAAUAUACCCGUCUAUAUAUAAACUCCCUCGCUUUGCAGGCGGUUGUUGACCGGUGGACUACAAUGUCUAAUGAGUCUUCCCAAGUUCAAGCUGGUCGGUCGGGACCAGGGCCGUCCGCCGGUAGCAGUGGGUGGUUCCGGGCAUUGAUGGAGCUCUACCGCGUCAACGAGCAAUACAUUCAAGAAGUUGUGGAUGCUUCUCGCAAAAUCCUACAGACCGUUUUGGAAGGACUCGUUCCAGGCGGCCGUCUCAAGCAUGCCCCCAUUCGGACGUUUUUCCGCAUUCUGUCUGGCAUGAUCUUCAUCCUGAAAACUUUCACCCUCGGUGCCCGUGAAGAUGACGUGCGAGUCUCUUUAGACCUGCAAGACCGCACGGUAGAGGCGUUGCGGACCUUCGUCGUUGAUGAUGUGCACAUCAGCAACACAGUCGCCCGCCUGCUUGAGCUCCUCACCAGCAGCAUCCGCACGCGGUUCCUUCGCUUCGCACCGCACGACCGCGGCGCCGACGGCGACGGGCAUGCUCCGACACCCGUUUCUCGCGCCCAUUCCCCCCCGCGCGACAGUGUCGCGGGUCGCCGCGACGGCCCCCACACACCCUGGUCAUCCACGCAAGAUGCAACUCCGAGUGGUGGCCUGGGCUACGUGGAGAGCAACGGCGCCGGCGGGAACCCGACAGGGCCGAUUGGAUCAGCCCACGACCCGCUGGCCAGCAUCCCUGCGCAGCCGAUCAACUCCUCCAACCUAAACGUCUCCUUCAUGCCGCCGCCGCCAUCGGUCUACUACAACUACUAUGACUCGAAUUCGGCCAUGCCGGCGAGCGAGAUGGAGCGGUCGUCGCCGAACCAUGUCGUCUCCUCGCAGGCUGUCGGAGAUAGCAACGGGGUGAAUUCGACAUCUGGGGGGCUGCCGGACUGGUUUGCGCUUCCACUGGAUCAAUUUUUCAACAGCUCCAGCGGCGUGGUGGACCAGGGCCUCGGCGGAACGGGGCCGAUGCUGGGCGAGUUUGAUAUGCUCGAGGUGCUCCUCAACGAGGGCUACGGUGAGGGCGAGUCUGGGGGAGUCGCAUCGCAGUUCAUGGGCUAA